AAUGCUGUGGUGAGUUGACCCAGAUGUCCAGGCACACCCCGAGGCUCCGAAGCCAAACCGGAAGGGCAAAGCAGUAAAUUGAUCAGGUACCGAGGGUUUCGGCCUCCCGUGCACUUUAUCUACCAAGCUCCGGGCGGCGACCAUCACCAACCAGGUGCUCGAGGAGGUCGAUCGAUGGCGUCGGAGAAAGACGCGGCGCUCGCCCCCGUGCCCAACGACAACCCCACCAUAUUUGACAAGAUCAUCAAAAAGGAGAUACCUUCUACGGUGGUGUAUGAGGAUGAGAAGGUCCUCGCUUUCAGAGACAUAAAUCCUCAAGCUCCGACCCACAUUGUAAUCAUUCCCAAAGUCAAGGAUGGAUUAACCGGACUUUCAAAGGCAGAAGAGAGGCAUGUAGAGAUACUUGGCUGCCUCCUCUACGCUGCAAAAGUUAUCGCUAAGCAGGAAGGACUUGAAGAUGGCUACCGUAUUGUCAUCAAUGAUGGCCCUAGUGGAUGUCAAUCUGUUUACCACAUCCAUGUCCAUCUCCUUGGAGGGAGGCAGAUGAACUGGCCCCCAGGCUAAAGAAGCUCUUGGUUGUCGGUCAAUCUUCAUGGCAGCUAUGUCCUUUGCAUCUCAAUCGAAUAAUUCCUGUAAUUGACAUAACAGUUUGUGCGAGGAACAUUUGCUCUAUCUAUGGAAUAGCCGAAACCAUCCUGCUGUGAAUGUAUGGACAAGAAACUUGAAGCUGAAUCGUCUCAUUGAUGCGUGUUGUGUUCUUUCUA